GGGUUUCUACCAAGUUAGUUUAGUUAUUUAGAACAACCACAACCAAAAAUGUCUUCUUCAGCUCAAGUUCCAUCAUGGAUAUGUUGGUGUUGUUUUCUUGGAGGUAUUUUGCCACUGCCAUCUUCCUUUCACCUUCUUUGAAAGCCUAUUGUCAAAGAAUUUCUUUGGCCACCCUCCAAAUAUCUAUCAGGACACUCUGCUUGUCAUUAUUGGCUAAAUACUGAAAAACCAACAAACUUAGUCCUACAAAUAAAAAAAUAUAUAAAUCACAUAUAAUCCAGUUUGAUAUUAUAGAAACGACCUAAGGGGAAUUGCAUUAGAAGUCUACGUCCACUCAAACUCUAGCAAGAAACAUACUCUCUUGAAUGUGCCUCAUAGUUUGAUUUUUAUUAUCUUGUAACAUUGUUAUUUUUCUAAUUACAAUAUUUUACUAACCAUUUUUGCAAGUACUCAAGACGGUACAUAAAAAAUAAUCAAACGUGUAACUAUCUUUUUUCAGAAUUAUAUGUUCAACUCAAUUAAAUUGGUCAUAAUAGUUUAAUUAGAAGUACAGUUCAGUUAGACAGACAGAUAGAUAAUUUGAUUUGAACAUAAAUCUUACUCUCCUAGGCUCUCAAGCAUACUUCUUACCCAAUUAAGUUCACUAUAUGAACUGACAUUAUCUGUAAACCUAAAUAUAAUAUGAAACAGGACAUAAUCAUAGAAUAAUAUGUUCAUUAAAAAAUUAGCAACAUUUCAUAUUCAUAAUGGACUAUGAGUAAACUCAAGAAAACUGUACGUACCAUAUACAAAAAUGCCUUGCCCUUUACCUUUAUUAACUGCUCUACAUAAAUCUAAAUUUCAAAUGCUACAAUCUAUUAGACAAUGAUAAAUGAUAGCAAAAUAUUUGUAUUAUUUAGAGAAAACAAGGAAAUAUGGUCAUUUAUAAGGCAUUUGUAGAUUAUGACAUUCUGCCAGUAUAUAAAAGAGAAUAAUAAAUAUUAUGUAAAUAACAGCUAGACGCAAGAAAAUGAAGGGAAAUACUUAACCACAGUUAUCAUUUUUAAUUUACAAUGUCUUUUGUAAUUUUACCAUUCUGAACGUUUAAAAUUAUUUGUCCGUAAAUUCAGCUCCAAAGUUGCAGAACGAAAAACAAAAGGCCUGUUGCGUGCUUGGAGGAGCCCAUGGAGCGUUCAGAGCUAGCCACUCUGAGCCACGCUGUUUGAAUCGUUUUCCAGGCCGAUUCCAUAACAGAAUUGAAACUAAAGUUUCGAUCCUCCUCAUCUAUUGCAUCGCGACCACGAUCCUUUAAAAGGUUAAAAUGUAAGAUAUGCAGCCGGACAAGUCUUUUGCACCAAGAAGAAAAGGAAGAUGGCUGACCUUGCAUUUGAGAUAGGAAAUACAACACUACCGAAGAGCUUAAUGGAAACGGGUACAUUGGAUCACAGGGAAAAGGUUUAAGGUUUAGUAUAUGUAGCCCACAGCAAGGAAGCAGAGCCGCAGUCACCAAUCCGGAUCUUAACAAACAGCCGCCCCCAGAGCUUUCCUUCGGCUGCAGGAUCAGCUGAGCGCGGCUAUCACGUGGGCGGCGUGUCGAAGGUCACAGCUCGGCUCACAAUGGAGCUUUCGGAGCCUGUGCAAAGCGGCUUACAGAUCCUGGCUGAUCCGGGUAGCUUCUCUUUCCGAGCUUUCCAGGCUCUGCUCCAGGGUGCCUUCCAGAGCUUGCUCAGUGGCCAGGCCGAGGAGGCCGUUUUCGAUUACCCAGAUUUGGAACAUAUUGAUCCAGCAAUAUUAAAAUAUUGCCACGCAGCAGCUACCACUUGUAUAAUAGAAGCUGGAAAACAAAAAGCUGAUAAGUCUAUAAUAAGUACCUAUCUGGAAGACUGUAAACUUGACAGAGAAAGAAUUGAAAAAUUUUGCACUGAAUAUCAGAAACAUAAGGAUACCUUGGAAAUCAUAUUGGGAAGUAUAGGCAGAUGUCCACUACAUAUAACUGAUAUUUGUUGGCGUUUGGAAUAUCAAAUCAAGACUAAUCAACUUCAUAAAAAUUAUUGCCCUGCCUAUUUGAUGACCUUAAAAGUAGAGAACAAUGAUUCAAGAUCUCAUCAGGACAUUAAUUUUAGUUGUUCUAUGGAGCAAUUGCAGGAUUUAGUGGGAAAGUUAAAAGAUGCAGCUAAAAGUCUAGAAAGAACAACUCAACUAUAAUUACAGACUUGACAAUCAACUGGAUUGAAGAAGAAAAGAAAAUGGUUACUUCUUUGACUAUAUGAUGAUCUUUUUUUCCUGGUUUUAUUUAAUGGAACUGUGAUAUAUGUUUGAGCAAACAGAAAUUGACUUUUUUACUUUCUACAUAACAUUACAAGUUUGUGUGUAAUAAAAACUGUUGAGCUUGUUGUUUAACUGUAACAUAUCUGUUUAGAUAGUAAUACACUUUUUAAAUUUCUGCUUGUGUCUCAGUUUUGCCCUUUUUUAAAAUAAAUCUUUGAUUUCACCAUUUUUACUUUUAUCAUCUAAUAAACAAAAUAUAAAUCUAA